AUKUAUUCUCUGUUCCAUCAGGUUGACUCAGAUGACCUUCCUCUGAACGUCUCAAGAGAAACUCUCCAGCAACACAAACUUCUCAAGGUCAUUCGCAAGAAGCUGGUGCGCAAGACCCUGRACAUGAUCAAGAAGAUCGCAGAGGAGCAGUACAACGAGAAGUUCUGGAAGGAGUUUGGCACCAACAUCAAGCUGGGUGUCAUCGAGGACCACUCCAUCCGGACACGUCUGGCCAAGCUAAUAUUCAGCCAAGCUGAAUAAAUGCUACAAAGAGAAGCUCCUUCACCCACUCAACUUUACUUUUUUKUUCUUCUUCAGGAAGUUCUUUCCAGAUGUGCCUCAUCUUGUYCMCCCAUGGAAAGCUCCGCGGGUGCCACAUGCCUUCUUGUAGAUAAUUACUGAGAUUGCGUUACACUCUACAAUAGCAACUGUGCUUCCUAAAUUAUUUCUCAUAGGAUGCAUGUUUUUUUUUAUAGCUUACCUUUACAUGUUUUAGCCUAUUGUAAAAAGAAAAGUAGAUCUAUAGGCCUACAAUUGAAUAACUUUACUAUAUAGGCCUACAUAAUUUGUGACAACUACCAUUGCAAGCAGAAGUUAUUUACAAAGUCUAAAUCAAUUAAAUGUAAUACACCUCAACCUAUGCAUUAUCAUUCAAUAGAAGUUAUUUUGAGAGUAAUGAAUUUCAAMAACUACAAGCCCCAGUGCACAAUUCUGCUACAGCCUACUGGACGAUCAGAGUGUAUAACCGAAUUUCUUGCAGGAUCAUGGUGCAAGCUAUUUUAGCCUAUAGCCUAUGGUAGAACAGUGUGCAUUGUGCAUUGCUUUAACGUAUUAUUGUCAGGUAUUAAGUUCACAUUUCCUGUCUUUUGUGUUUUUAAUGUAAAAAGUAGAGUAGAACUCAAUUGAAAUGUGUAGGCUUUUGGUUGACCAACAAUUUAACCUACGCGUCACCAUUUAAGCUACUUGUCACCCUAGCUUCUGAUCAAAUACAGCAUCAAGCUAUUUUAGCAGUUUAAAYGGUGUCAAAUAGUUAAUUUUAUUACAUGUAUAUGUUCAAUGGAUGAUGAGAACGCAUUGAAAUAUUUAAUCAAGCUUACCCAGGAUGGCGAAUUGUGCACACUUAAAAAGGAACUUAGUGGCAACAUUGUUGCACAUUUUGUCAACAAAAAACAUUUCGGGAAAUCGGGUGAUACAUUGUUGCAUUAUGCCGCCCGUCAUGGCCACUUGGACAUUGUGCAAUUUUUWGUAAAAGAGAUUGGGAUGGACAUAGAGCUGUACAAUACCGACUACAAAAGAGCUCUGCAUGAAGCUGCGUCCAUGGGACAGCGGGAGUGUUUGAGCUAUCUGCUCAAUGAAGGAGCCAAAGUAGACUGCUUAAAAAAGGCUGAUUGGUGAGACAUACAUUAACACGCAAGCCAUGUGCAAACAGUAAGACAACGUUAUUCUAUAUAUAUUUUUAUCCGACUUUCAAGUCUCUUUUAGGAAAAGAUGUAUUGAAAAACGCUUUUUUCCCUACGCUUUAUAUCCCCUUCGAUAGCUCAGUUGGUAGAGCGGAGGACUGUAGAGGCUAAAUGCUGAAAUCCUUAGGUCGCUGGUUCAAAUCCGGCUCGAAGGAAAACAUUUUCGUCGGCCCAUGUCAUAUCAAUUCGAAGUUUUUUCGUCAUGUGCAUAAAUGCUUACUCGCUAACUCUCCACAACAAUGCAUUACAAUAUCAAUCAAGAAUCAAAUGCCAAGUCCAUAAAUAACAAUACAAGUCAUAAAACUCGUUGUGAGAUGUACACAAUAGAAUAAAUAGUAUGAUUUAUAAAAUAAUAUAUGUCCAAUUAUGAUGACUGUUAUAUAAGUAGUAAAGUGAGAAGUAACUUAGUAUAGCAGCUUAAAUAUAUAGUAAUAAUAACUAGUAACAGCAGUGGUGACCUUGUGUGCGUGUGUGUCGUGUAUACCAAAUAACAAAUAAGUUGUUCUAAGAUUCAAUUAAAGUUUUGGUUUCAAUUGAUCAUAUAGGUACUGAUUAAUUGAAUGACCAGAGUCAAAUUCAUUAGAGAGCAAAUGGAAGCUACCGGCCGAAACGGGGAAGGACUACCAGAAUUUGUCAAAUAAGAGAGGCUUGUUUUUUUCAGUUGCUAAACGUCUUGCUUCCUUGUGCACUAACGAAUAGAAUCCUGCUUUUUCUGAACACGUAUAUCUCCCUUCGAUAGCUCAGUUGGUAGAGCGGAGGACUGUAGAGGCUAACUGCUGAAAUCCUUAGGUCGCUGGUUCAAAUCCGGCUCGAAGGAAAUAUUUUAAUAGGUCCGUGUAAUAUUAUCGUGCCUGAAUUGUAUACCAUUAUAAACACACUAGUUAUACUACAAUAUAACAAAUCAUUAAAUACUACAAAAAA